AUGGUAAGCAAUCGGCGUCGCCCAUGGACCAAUGGACCAUGAACACCAGAGGCGUUACAAGUGCGUUACCGGUCUUUUGGAAUUAAAAAUUUGAGGAUUGUUGGGGAUUCAUAGAUUGAGAAUGAGAAAGGGGGAUGAGUACAUAGCUUCACCUAGCUUCACUGACGAACUGACUGACAGACUAUUACGACGAAACACAAUGAAAGCGUUGUUUCACGUAGGUUUUCUGUGAGGCCGUGGUAUUACUUCGGUCGAGCUAAACCAUUCGUGCCGAUGAAUGACUCUCCCACACUUAUUUAAUGGCCCGAUGUUUGACCACUAUUUCGCCUGAUGGUAA